AUGGGCUCGAACUACCUGGAGGCUCUGAACACCGUUCAGGAGAAAGCCGUUCAGCAUCCCCCACAAGUUCCUCUACAGAUUCUUGCUGGGCCAGGAAGUGGGAAAACGAGGGUUCUCACCUCCCGCAUCGCCCAUCUCAUUCUUCACCACCAUAUCCCACCAACCGCAAUAUGCGCUGUAACAUUCACUAACAAAGCUUCCAACGAAAUGAGAGAGCGGCUCACGAAGCUAAUUGGAACUGAACGAACUCGCGCGCUGAAACUAGGAACAUUCCACGCGAUAUGCGCUCUAUUUCUGCGUAAACACGCAUUGGUUGUGGGAUUAUCCAACAACUUCAGUGUAUGCGACGCGGAUGAAAGUAAGAAGCUGAUCUCACGUCUCCUCAAGCCCUAUCAGACGUUCUUGGAAGCUAGGGAUAUCACUCUCAAGGAAGCCACCGUGUUCUCCAUGAUAUCCAAGCACAAGUACAAGGGCAACACCUCUACGGAUGUCAUCGCCGAACUCCGCAUUACGAAGAGCAAGAGCGACAAGGAAAAUACCGGCGUGCAGCACAAGUCCCGGCACAUAACAGACGAAAUAAACUCGGUGGUAGCUGAAGUGUAUCGGGAGUACGAGCGCGCUCUUCGCAAGUCCAACUCGCUCGACUUUGAUGACCUUCUGCUAUUCGGGCUUCAGUUAUUCACGGAUCACAAGGAAUCAGCGGGAUGGUGCAGGCAUGUCCUAGUAGAUGAAUUUCAAGACACUAACUCCAUUCAAUACGAACUAAUGAAAACACUCGCGGUAUCCGCCGACCAGUGCCUAACCGUGGUGGGGGAUCCCGAUCAGUCGAUCUACGGGUGGCGGUCAGCAGAUGUCACUAAUCUUGCUAAGAUGAAGAAAGACUUUCCCUCAACGGAGAGCAUACUACUCGAGGAGAACUACCGCUCAACAGCCUCGAUCCUGAAAGCGAGUCUUGCUAUUGUUUCUCAAGACAAGGCGCGAUUGCCCAAGUCCCUGCAUACCUCCCAUCCAUCGGGCAGCAUUCCCAGCCUCGUGUCGUUUGCGACCGACCAAGACGAGGCCGCGUUCAUAGCCCACGAAAUCAAGAGAACGGCGGCCAACAUGGGAGGCAUACUGAAAUGGAAGGACUUUGCCGUCUUGCUUAGGUUUAACGCGCUUUCGCGUGUCAUUGAGAGUGCAUUGCAGAAAUCGGGCAUUCCCUGUCGAAUUUUGGGAGGUCACAAGUUCUUUGAGCGAAUGGAGAUCAAGGAUUUACUCGCUUACCUGCAACUUGUCGACAACCCUCAAUUCACCCCCGCGUUCAGUCGAGUAAUCAACGUGCCAGCGAGGGGCAUAGGGGCAAAGACUAUCACAGAGCUGGAGCUUCGCGCGCAGAAGACGAACAAGACGCCGUUGGAAUUGGUGGAACUAAUCCAUGGAGGCAGAGUCCCCGACAUUAAGCCUCCGAUAAAACGGAAGAUACCUUCCUUCGUCAAAACUAUCCAGACGCUGCGUGAUCUAGCCAUAGACGGUUCAUCGCCGGUGGAUCUAAUUCGCCGACUAGUUGACUUGAUUGGCUACGAGCAGCACCUCAAGCAGGCGCAACCGCAGGACUGGGAGAGUCGAUGGGAAAAUGUGCAAGAGCUCAUCACCUUCGCUAGCGAGGUGGAAGGUGAUAUUAUUGAGAUGGAUGAUAGUGAAGAGACUCGAAGCACGACGCCUCUUCGUAUGUUUCUACAGGCUUCCAUGCUUUCAUCGGAAGGUGAUCAAUCGAAUGGCGAGGACAGCAAUGAUAAAGUGACUAUUUCAACUUGUCAUGCCGCGAAGGGACUAGAAUGGCCUGUCGUAAUUGUACCUUCAGUCGAACAUGGGACCUUCCCGUUCUACCGGUGUGACGAUGUUGAGGAAGAGAGGCGGUUGCUUUACGUCGCAUGCACCCGCGCCCAGUGUCUCCUUUAUCUCUCCCACUGUGGAAAGCGCAUGGUCGCAGGAGAGACCAAGUCGGUCGAGCUCUCUGGCUUCGUCUCAAGCGUGCACCACCAAGACAGGACAAUCUUCAGCGAUCGGGCCCCAGAGCUUCUUCCAGCCGAUCGCGCCGUUAUAUCUAGGGUUCUUAGUCGGCCAGAACCUAAGCACGUUGAAGUAGCGAAGCACGUCGCCGAGUUCAACCGAACGGCACGCCAUAGGCCCGAGCCACUUUCCAAUCCGCAAUCGAGUGCCUAUAAUUGGCAUCCCAGCCUCGGGGCACAAUCAGCCCCUUCCUUGGAUAUAAUAACGUCAAGCAGGGUUAUGUUAGACAAUGUCGGAGCUGGACGCCGUAUGGCACCAUGUCCUGAAGUCCCUGUUGUAAGCGCAAAGGCUGGCACUCGGUUGCUGCCGACAAAAGUUCACGAGCCCAGAUUCAUACACACGACACCAACGGCUACUUACAAUCUUCAGACGAGGCCGGACCCAACAGCAGCUGCGCAGAGUUCGGGGCCUGUAAUAGGCUCCUCGUCAGAAGGAACAAGUGUGGGUGUUAAACGGAGAUUGGGGAUGGGUCGAUCGCACGUAGGGUACGCGAACAAAAAGUUUAGACCUCCCACUUAA